AAUGUAUACGUUGAUUUAUCCAUAUCAAUUAGUUAGGCGUUGACUCCCAAUUAUAACAAUAUAGUUAUACCAAAUUAUUUUCUCCCUCUUAUUAGCUAGAUCCAAUUAUAAUCACAUCAAUUUCUAUAUUAAAUUAACUCCAUGGAUCAUCAUCAUAAUCAACGGCUUCAAUCUGUUCUCACUUUCGUUAUCAUUUCAAAUUUUCUUCUAGUCUCUCACGGCGAAGUAGGCACAGCCGCGCAAUAUAGCCCACCAUUCUUACCGUGUUACGGCUACGAUUCUGGCCAGUUUCCAUCUAGCAAUCUAUUUGCCGCCGCUGGUGAUGGGAUAUGGGACAAUGGAGCUGCUUGUGGGAGACAAUAUUUAGUAAAAUGCAUAAGUGCGACUGAGCCAGGGACUUGUGUUCCGGACCAAGUGAUUCAAGUUAGAAUAGUUGAUUUUGCGCUCUCAACGGUUUCUCCGCCAUCAUAUGAAGGGACAACCAUGGUUUUUUCCGACACUGCCUUCGGAACCAUUGCCAAUUCUAGCGCUGUCUCUAUCAAUAUCGAGUUUCAGCAGUUUGGCAUACAGUUCAUGUUAAAGCUCAAUUUUUGGUUAACUCGGUAUGUUGGGAUGAUAUAGUCUUGGAUAUGUUGUCCUUUGCACAUAAAAACUCGAUUAAGAAUGUUGUCACAGAGCUUCUCUUGGCUGCUUCUAUAGUACAUUUGGCGCGAAUGAAAUUCAAGAUUAUUUGCUCAAAAGAAGAUGUCACCAGAUCAACUAGCUGCUCCUAUUACUCAUACUGUACGCUUGAAGCUUUUUACUUUUCGUUUCAAGAAGUCAAGAAGGCGGGAAGACUUAACAUGGGAUUUGCCUUCUUAUAUUACUCAUGUUCGCUAAUUUUUGUAAUUUUUUUAUUUGUAAUGUAUAGGCAUAGGAGGUACCUAUUUAUUUGGAUGUUGCACAAAUUGCAUCGGAUAUAAUGCCAAUCUAGUAUUCAACUAGAUUGUCUGUUUUUAUUGAUCUAUAUAAUAUAAUCAGGGUGACGGCCU